UCCUUGGACAAUGGACACUGCCAAAUGGCAUUCUCACAAUCAUCUCGACCGUCAAUGGGUACCAAAGUUGGCGAACGCCGCUGCGAUGCUACGCAAUAUAAUAGGUACACACGGGCCGCUACCACGCGACGUUCAAUGAACUGUCGAUCUCUGCCAUGUAUCGUGUGCUUGCAAGCGGAGACUCUAGCCAAAUCCAUGACGAGACCCGUCCCUCGGCGCACGCCCGGUUUCCCAUAUCUACUGCCAGACUGCUCUCCAUGAUGCCCUACCGCUAAUUUUCUUCCAUCCUAUGUGGCAAGUUGAUUCUAUGCCUGCAUAUCAUCAAAAGAAGCGCUGCAGUUCGAGAUGAGGAACCUCCUUGUCCGGGCGCUGUUUGCUACGGCGAACUCGUCCAGUCCUAGUCAAUUUGACUACAUCCCGACGACCAGCGGCAAAGUGACUGGCCACAUUGCACACAACACGACAGAUACCGUCCACGAGUAUCUCGGUAUAAGAUACGCAAGAGCCCCUGUUGGCGAUCUACGAUUCGCAGCGCCACAACCGUAUAUUGCUCCCAACAGCACCAUCAACGCAACAUCCUGGUUCCCACACUGCCCGUUCAAUAUACCUCCAGUAACCAAGUUCAAUCGCUUCGAUCCCAACGGCUUUGAGGUCUACAACACUUUCACAGCACACAGUCCCUGGCAAGCUGACCAAGCGGAAGAUUGCCUGGCACUUAAUGUGUGGACGAAAGCGGCGCCUGGAGAGGAAUCUGGCGAUCGACCUGUCUUCGUUUUCUUCCAUGGAGGACGUUUUCAGAUCCCUGGUCCACACAGCCCUUUCUAUGUCGGCAAAUAUUUUGCUGGAGAUCAGGACGUCGUUGUGGUGACGAUAUCCUACCGUCUAGGCAUGUUCGGCUUCAGUGGCGCUCCAGGCGUUGAGCAAAAUGCUGCACUACGCGACCAACGACUAGCAGUCGAGUGGGUGCGCGACAACAUCGCGGGUUUUGGUGGAGACCCCUCAAGAAUCAUCAUCCACGGCCAGAGCGUCGGUGGCUUCUCGACUGACGCCUACCUCUAUGCGUAUCCCGAGGAUCCUAUUGUGGCAGGCGCCAUCGCGCACUCUGGCACAGUUUUCAGCUUCUUGCCCAACACGCCAGAGUACUCGCGCAGCCUGUACUACAACGUCUCGGGAACGCUUGGCUGUGGGCAGGCAUCAACCCCCGAGACCACCAUACUGGCUUGCCUGCGCUCGAAAAAUGUGUCAGAGAUUCUGAACGCUGCGCGCACUGUGCCAGCGCUUCCAUCGCAAGCCCUGGCCCAAGCCACGUUCCACCCAACUGUGGACAACAAAACCGUCUGGGCAGACUGGCUGGAGCGCUCGAGGGCAGGUAAAUUCGCUCGGGUACCGUACCUGGCUGGCAACGCGGACUACGAAGCUGGCUUCUACAGGGUAUCUGGAUUCGCGGUGAACAGCACGCUUAGUCCCGCAGCUUGGGAGCUCUUCACUGAGCGCGGCUUCACGUGUCCAGCUAAGUACUCGACAGAUCUGCGGAAACAAUUCGAUGUUCCGACGUGGCGAUACCGGUAUAUGGGCGACUGGCCAAACUUGCGAUUGUUCGAGGCGUAUGAUGGCUUCCCUGAUAGUGGGGCAUACCAUGGCUCGGAGCUGACACUGCUCUUUAACACUACGUACGGCGUGACUGGUUCUGACAGUCCACCAGGGCAACAGGCUGCUGCUAGGUACAUCCGACAGGCAUGGGCAGCAUUUGGUAGAGAUCCUAAGCGAGGGCUCACAGACUUUGGCUGGCCAGAGUAUGGUUCAAGCAGCGGAAACCUCGUCCGGCUGUCGUACAACAACACUCCUGGACUUGACCUGACAAAUCCUUUCCUGUACGAUUCCGCUUGUCCGCCUGUAGAGCAGAAUGACCCUUUGCCUGGCCGAGGAGGUUUUUAAUGUAACACAAUGGACGAUACGACAGUAGACUUGAAUCGAAAUCCAUUUCCAUGCG